AUGGGUGACACGGAGCCCCAUGUCGCCCCCACCCCCCGGCACACAAAGUUCAACCCAGCCCAGCUGGACCUGUCUCUGUACCCACCACUGGACCAGCAGUGCAUCGUCCUGACACAGGAAUCAGACUCGCCCGGUACGGGCGCCGUGCGCAGGAAUGCCCGGCACCCUGAUACGCUGGUAGAUUCCCUUCCCGACCCAGACGGCCACGUCAAGACGGCGUAUGAGCUCCUGGAGCUGAGUAUCGCCAAGUAUGGCCAGAGGGACUACUUGGGCACCCGGAGCGUGGACGCGCAGGGCACCCCCGGCGCCUACACCUGGCAGACCUACGCCGGCGUGGGCCAGGCGCGGCUGGAGAUCGGGGCGGGGCUGCGCCACCUGGGCGUGACCCGCGGCGCGGCGGUGGGCCUCUACAGCGCCAACUGCGCGGAGUGGGUGCUGGUCGACGCCGCGCUGCAUGCGCACGCGUGCGUCGGCGUGCCGCUGUACGACACCCUGGGCGCGGACGUGGUGGCCUACAUCCUGGGCCACGCCGAGCUGGCGGCGGUGGCCUGCUCCGCCGCCGUCCUCCCCGCACUUCUGGAGACGCUGCCGGCCUCCCCCACCGUCCGACUGGUGGUGGUCUACGCCCAGCCGCCCGGCUUCUCGCCGCCGGCACCCCCCCCGGGCUACACCAGCGGCACCACGGGGCGGCCCAAGGGCGUGGUCAUCACCCACGCCAACAUGAUCAGCCAGGUGGCGGCCAGCGUCUGCGCCGCCCUUCCUCUCCUCGUCGCCAGCCAGGCCAUGGAGCGCCACGUGUCCUACCUCCCCCUGGCGCACAUCUAUGAGCGCAUGACCUACGCGAUGUGCACCUACCUGGGCGGGGGCCUGGGCUUCUUCCGCGGCGACGUGCUGACGCUGCUGGACGACAUCCAGGCCCUGCGCCCCACCUACUUCCCCUCCGUCCCGCGCCUGUGGAACCGCAUCUACGACCGGAUCAUGGCCCAGGUGGCGGCCAGCAGCGCGGUCAAGAGGGCCAUCUUCUGGGCGGCCUACGGGUACAAGCGGCGGCGCAUGGCGGAGGGGGACAUGACCGGCGGGCGGUGGGCGCCCUUCUUGAAUCGCCUGGUCUUCAACAAGAUCAAGGCCGUGGUCGGAGGCGAGGUCAAGGUCAUGAUCAGCGGGGCCGCCGCGCUCUCCCAAGAUGUCUUCGAGUUCCUGCGCGUCGUGUUCGACUGCGUGGUGGUCGAGGGCUACGGCACCACAGAGACCACGGCCGCCGCCACGGUCACCACCCCCGGCGACCCGGUGGUGGGACACGUGGGUCCCCCCCUGCCAUCCUGCGAGAUUCGGCUGGCCGACGUGCCCGAGCUGGGCUACACCAGCGCGGACCUGCCUGAUCCCCGCGGCGAGAUCUGCGUGCGCGGCAACAUCGUGUUCAAGGAGUACUACAAGGACCCGGAGACCACGCGGGAGACGAUCGACGCGCAGGGGUGGCUGCACACCGGCGACAUCGGCACCUGGCUCCCCGGCGAGCGCCUGAAGGUCAUCGACCGCAAGAAGAACAUCUUCAAGCUGUCCCAGGGAGAGUACGUGGCGCCGGAGAAGAUCGAGGGCCUGUACACCCACUCCCCCUACGUCGCCCAGGUCUUCGUCCACGGCGACGCCCUGCGCUCGCGCAUCGUGGGCGUGGUGGUGCCCGACCAGGAGGCCCUCCUGCCCUGGGCCGAGAGCAAUGGGCUCGAGCCAGACCUGGGCCAGUUGUGUAAGGAGGAGCGGGUGAAGGCCCUGAUCCUGCAGAGCAUGCUGGAGGAGGGUCGCGCCGCCAAACUAAACGGAUUCGAGCAGGUGGUGGACAUCACCCUGACGCCAAACCCCUUCUCGGUGGAGGCCGGGACGAUGACCCCGACCUUCAAACCCAAGCGGCCCCAGCUCAGGGCCGCCUUCUCCGGCGCCAUUGCAGACAUGUAUGCCCGCGCGCCUGCCUGA